AAACCAGGAAGUUCCGCUAAGGUCACAUGAUUGCAUACUAGUAAGAGGGUAUCGGUCGCCAUGGCGCUGAAUAAAAACAACACGGAGGAUGGAGGACUCAUCGUAAAUAACAGUGAGAGCAUUUUGAUGACCUAUGACCAUGUGGAGCUCUCCUUUAGUGACAUGAAUAUUAUGCCUGAAGCUUUUAAAGGUACAAGGAAAGGGAGCAUUUAUAUGACACCUUAUAGGGUUAUUUUCUUCACUAAAGGUAAAGACAUUUUACAGUCAUUUAUGAUGCCAUUCUACCUGAUGAAGGGCUGUGAGGUGAAGCAGCCUGUGUUUGGAGCCAACUAUAUCAAGGGGACCAUCAAUGCUGAGGCUGGUGGAGGAUGGGAAGGAUCUGCCACAUUUAAACUGACCUUUUCAGCUGGUGGUGCCAUUGAGUUUGGGCAGCAGAUGCUUCAAGUUGCUUCACAGGCUUCACGAGGUGAGCCUCCUAGUGGAGUUUUUGGUUACUCCUACAUGCUUAACGGAGCUGGUGCUUUUCCGACCCCAGCAGCAAAUGGAAUGCAGCCUCCUUAUUCAGCUGGCUAUCCAUACUGUCCACCACCUCCUGCUGGCUUUUACCCUGGACCACCAUUAUCUGAUGGUGCUAUGGCAUAUAUGCCUCCACCUCCUUACUCUGGACCAAUGGAACCCCCAGUCAGUGACCCUGAUCUUCCUCGUAAUCCUGCAGCAGAAGCAAAGGCUGCUGAAGCUGCUGCCAGUGCAUACUGUACUCCAGCAAAUCCUCAUAAUGUCUACAUGCCUUCAACUCUUCCUCCUCCCCCUCCUUACUCUCCACCAGAUGAUAAGAAGACCCAGUAAUAUGAAGGAAUGCUUGGAACCUUGGAAUGCUGUCACCCUCAGACUCUUGUAUAUUCCCAGCACUGGCAGACAGGAUGCUGUUGAUGGAAUGUAUCCUCACUUACCUUGCACUUUAUACAAAAUGAAUAUUGCUGAUGUGAAGAUGUGGUUGUUAUUAUUAUUUAUUUUGAGCUGCAUGCUUGUGGCAUGAGACAUUGGUGAGUGUGCGCUCAUGUAAAGAGGUGCAAUGACAGUGACCUUACUAAUUGGACUAUUCUGGUCAUGAUAACUCUGUAUAUCCUUUUAAAGCAGAUUCAUUCAUAGGAAUGUGGGUGUUAUUUUCUAGUUAACAUGUAUUAUUUGCUGAAGAACACAAGCACCAUUUUGUUUGGUAGUUCAUUAUGAAAUAUUGCAGUUUAGCCCUAGAGAAGCUAGAAACAGUUGAGAUGGUUGCUGUUUAGCUGAAGUAGUAACAUCUAUUAAUAACAGCUGUUGCAUUCAUGUUAUUGUGUGCAGGACCUCCUUAGAGGUAUUGCAUACAUAGAAUACUUAACUGAUAGCUGGUACUGCAGAACCCAGGAAUUAUUUGGUUGCAGUCCUUUUUGGCAGACUGAGGUCUAUUGAAUUUUUAUCUGACAAACUUUGUUGGUAGAGGAUUACAUUUCUAAUGAAGAUGAUUUUGUCUUAAAAACAGAAGUGAUUUUGACAGAUGCAUAGUUUUCUAUAUUAUAUUGCUUGAUGUAGUAGUUUCCUAGUACAUGAGGGUGAUGAUGGUGUGUGGCCUCUAGCUCUCAGUGCAUGUAGAUUCUGUGAUCACAUCUCGAUAACUUGCCUGUGCAGCUGUUACCUUCAUAAGAUGCAUUUCUUGGAAGCAUUCUCUCUGCUGUGUGGUUUUGAGAGUGCAGCAAGCUCUGGUAUUAUAUGGUAUGUGGCAUUUUUUCUAUCAGAUAAAAAAGUUGAUAGCCAAUUAGUUAUUUUUACAGGAUUUGCAGAUGCAUCACCUUACUUAAAAGUUCAUUUUGUGGCAUGUACAGUUGCAUGACAUUAGGAUAACAAGCCAGAGCAAAUGAUAUUUUGAUUUUUUGGUACACUGGUGGAACCAUCUUUUUGCAUUGUGGUUAAUUCCACAAUGACCAUUGGCCUCAUGUUAAUUGGCAGUUCCACAGACUGCUAUAUUAUGUACUCUUGUGUUUGCUGUGUUAUUUUAACACUGGGUUACUUUGCAUUUUGAGACCUAAUUUUAUUGUAAAAUUUGGUGAUACAUGGGAAUCAAGCCUAGAUAGUGAAAGACUGUUCUGUAAAAUCAUUGUAAGAGAAAUGUGUGAUUGUACUCCACAGUUGCUUUCUACAUCUGUGUUGACAAAUGUGUUAAGAGGCCGGCCAGGCCAGGGGAAAGAUUUAUAUGUGUUAUUUAUUUCAGUCCCUGUUUGUCAUAUCAAAAUUUGGAUCACAGGUAAUAUCCAUGAAGUUUGAAUGCUUUGGGUAAAGCAGCCUUUCCCAUCAAGUUAUGCCACAUUUCUUUGCUGUGACAUAUUAGAUUUCUGCAGUUAAUAUUGUAAUUGGCAUGCACUUGUACUGAAAUGCAGUUGUGUGACUGUUUUAAAUUGAUACUAUUUCAGUACAGCUUCCAGAUGUUUGUUUCAUAUUAUGUUAUCUUAUGGCAUUUUUUUUGUAGAUUACCUACAGGAUGUUUAUUGCAAGAAUUAUAAGAUGCAUCAUUGCUGCACUAGUAACAUAGUGGACCACAUAUAGGAAUGCACAUAUACUUUAUCCGUUUUUGAAUAGUAACUUUGUUUCAUAUUUGGGGCCAGUAUAAAUUUAUGCUAAUGUGUUAAGCUUGUGCAUGUCAUACAUACUUUGAAUUGUGGCAAAAUGGUAACCAUCUCAGAAGCUUCUUUAGAUCUGCUUUAUUUCCAUGCUAAUUUAUUUUCCUUUUUAAUUAUACAUUUAUUUGCCUCCGUACUUCUUUACUUACCAUUACAUUUAUCUACAAUACUUCAGUUUAUUAAAUUUAUCUACAAUGCUUCCGUUUUUUUUUUUGCAUACUACUCUAAAGCCUUUUCUGAUGAAGCAUUCCAUGACAUACUGAGUGUUUUUAUAGUGAGCGUCUUCUGCUAACCGCAUACUUAAUUAUUAUUUUGGGGUACAAACAAGCUUCUUUUUCUGCAGUGUCUUGGGAAAUUUAGAGAAAACAGUUAAAUAUCCUUUACAUAUAUGUUUUGCAUUGAGAAAAACAGAUACAACUUGAAAUGUAUUUUCUGCAAAUAGAAUGUGAUAUUUAAAGGAUCAUUUUAGGGUGACACAUUCAGUAGAUGGCUUGAAGCCUAUGUAUUUAUUGAUUGGCAUCUUUAGCCCUAUACCUUUUGGAGUAUUUUGAUCUACUACUGUUUUAGCUACUGCCUGGACACCCUUUGCACACAAAGUGAAUCUUUAAUGUUUGCUGACUGAGGUGAUGUACAGUUAUUGUAAACAGAGAUAUUUAUUUUACAGAUAACUUAAGCUGCUAAGUUUAACAUUAAUUUAAUUUGUUCUUGAAAUUUUUUGACUGAAAUAAAAUUUUGGAAUUGUACAGCUGA